AUGGUCAAUAUUGAAGAUUAUCAAGGAACAGGUGAAAUUCAGCCAUACCCACACAUGUUCCAGAAUUUAGGUGAAGCAGAGUAUGCCAUUGCUCUCUACAUGUAUCUUCGUUUAGUAGGUCAUGAAGCAAACACCAUUACCAUUCUUACUCCCUAUCAGGGUCAGAAGAAUCUCAUUCGAUCCAUUGCAAAACGAAGAUGUGGAUCUUUGGGAGAGCCAAAAAAGAUAACUACCGUCGAUAGGUAUCAAGGACAAUCGAAUGACAUUGUCAUUUUGUCAAUGGUUCGAACAACCAGCGCCGGAUACAUGAAUGAUUCAAUAAGAAUGGCUGUUGCUUUCUCUUGUGCGAGACGAGGAUUGUUUGUAUUGUGUCGAGUGUCAACAUUUGCCACCUGUAAGCCAUUCGCUGAACACUCUCUCAUGGACAUUUUCAGCAAGGAUGGUCGAUCAACCAGUGCUUUGCAAUUACAAAUUGACAAUGAAACUGAGUCUGUGACAAAUGUUUUUGAGUUGGGAAAGGUGGUGUUGAAGCUUGCACAAAAGAAUGUCUAA